AUGGUAAAUAUGGCUUUGCGCACACGUUGUCUGCUGCGCGAACCUAAAGCAGAGGCUCACACCUCCUCACUUCCAAUAUGUGGUAAUGGAGUUUAUGAAGAGGGAGAGCAAUGCGAUUGUGGGCUUGCUGAUAAAUGUAAUGAGUGGAAUUGUGUACCGGAAAAAUGUAUUAGGAGAUGGCCGGUAUGGGCUGUUUGGCUACUAGGCAUUUUAUUUGGACUUAUAGCAUCAGGUCCAUUUCUUUUAUGGCUUCUCUUUCCCUGUGCAGUUGCUCGUCUACCCCAAACAUCUGUCAAUUCUCCAAAAUGCCGUAGACGUUAUUAUCAUUUCUUUGUGCCUAUACCGCCCUUUGUUGGGGGAGAGGAAAAUAACAAUAAGAUAGCUGUCAAAACUCUCCAACAAAAGCCUUCAACAACCCCACUUUUUACGAAACAAGUCUCUGUCGAAUUACCAGCCGAACAAACAACGAUAAAAACAAUUAGACUGCCGUUUAUUGAAUGGUUGCUAACUAGUCGGCUUCGAGCCCUUUGGGAACGUAUAAAAUGGUCAAUAUGCAGUGGAAUAAUUGUAAGAAGACGAAGGAAACAAUUAAAUAGUCAAUUAAAUGCAGGCAGUCGAAGUUGCGAUAUUGUUAGAAGACCCGUUAGACCACCUCCCCCACCACCGUUGAAAAAUAAUCUUUGUUAUUCUUCCAACACCCUCAACAGACCAAAAAGAUCACCUCCACCUCUUCCACCUCUACCUACGUCUUCUGGACUUUCUAAUUCUUUUAUUCGUCCAAAAGUACUUCCACCUUCCCCGCCAUCUUUAGAAAAUCAAAUUGAAAUUAAUAAUAAUGAAACAAAAAGAUUUAUUGAAUUUUCUAAGGAGUAUGAAGACAUUUAUGAUGAAAAUAAAUGGAAUGAUGAUUUUGAUGAUGAUUAA